GAAUAAGAAACUCAUCAGUUUAGUUAACUAGUUAAAGUCAUUCCUACAACACCAUGUACAUAUUUUCAAUAGCUUUUUUGGCUAUAGAAAUCACCGCCUCAGGAUCGCACAAUCCUGCUGAAGGACAAACAAUAUCAUCAGGAAUUUUAUCCGAUGACAUAUGGGCACAACUAUCACUUCUAAAAGCAGGACGUAUUCCUGCUGCGGAAGGAACAUCUGCAAGAAAUGCUGGCGUCAACAUAAUACCCCCGGUAGCAGGAAAAGCAACAAUAAUCCCUGCUACAUCAGCUGAAGGACGUACAAUCUCAGGACCGGCAGGAAGUAUUUACACAGGACCUUUAAGCAGUGAUAUAUUGGCACAAUUAGGGCUCUCAAACACCAUUUUAUCUCCUGCUAUUUCCGGAAAAUCUGUCAUAAUUCCACCAAGAAGUGGUCUAGUUAACAUAGUACCCCCUGUAGCAGGAACAGCUACAAUUAUUCCUGCUCGCUCGGCAGGAGUAAACAUUUUAGGACCCAGUGAAAAUCUUGUCAACUUAGGAUGGAACAAUAUCCCUGCUAGAGCUGGUGGAGUCAACAUUAUCCCCUCCGUUACAGGACAAACUCGUUCAGCAGGAGUGAACAUUGGUGCUGCAGGAAAUAUUGGAGGUUUAGCAAAUGGUGGAGUUAACAUUAUACCCCCCGUUGCAGGAAACGCUCAAAUAAUCCCUCCUCGAUCAGCAGGAGUAAAUAUAAUCGGAUCUGCAGGAAAUGGCUGGGGUUUGACAACUGGGGGAGUUAACAUUGUACCUCCAGUUGCAGGAAAAGUUGAAAUAAUCCCUCCUAGGUCUUUAGGAGUAAAUAUAGGUGGUUCUGCAGGACAUAUUGGGGGUUUAGCAGGAUGGCAAAAUAUUAUUCCUGAUGAUAGUUGGAUUAUGAAUGAGUUGGUGGGACUUCGAAAUAUUAUGGGUCCUGCUACGGGUGGUGUAAGGAUAAUUGGACCAAGUAUUGCAGGAAAUAAUAAUGGAAUUUUAGAUUGGAGCCAAAAUAUUUUGGGUAACGACAUCUCAAAAUCUAUUUGGACCAAUGGAGGAGGUAGCAUAAGCAUAGGAUCUCACGGAGCUGUAAUAAGCGGUCCGGAAACCCCCUCAAGGGACUUAAGGGGUAUUGCAGGAAGAAUCCUUGGCAAAAGACAAGCAAGAAAAAGAUGGUAAACUAUAAAAUCUUUAUACAAAUUUAUAAAACAAUACAAUUUAUUCUGUAUUAAAA